AUGAAACCUUUCGUCUGCAGAGCAAUCCUUCUCUCCAUGGCUGUAUCUUCAACCAGUGGAUUUUCAACAACCACAAAGUCAAGUCUCAGCGGUUCCAUACCUUCUUCCUCGAUAUUGAGAGCGGCUAACCCUAUCGAACAAGGAGAAUUGGAUACCAGAAGUUUUCAAUUGUCGCAAGACGAAAUCAAUCCACUUUUAACCUUUGGCGAGCCUCCCAAGGAAAAGUUCGUCAACGCCCAUGGAGCCUGGUGCUUCCUUGUAUCCCUCGUUACUGGCCCCAUAUGGCUCCUCGCUAUGGCUAUUGUGGGAAAGAAAGGUGAUAACGAUGUCAACAAGGCCGAAUAUGACAAUACUGGAAAGAUCUGGUCGAAAGCUUGGUUGACGGCCACCAAUUCUUAUCCCACUAUUUCAGGGAACGUUGAACGACUAGAGGCUGGAAAUGAUGCCGGGGCCUGUCUUUUUGUGGCCAACCAUGCUUCUUGGUUGGACAUUCCAGUCUUGUGUACUGUAUUGGAUCCUGUCUUCAAGUUUAUUGCCAAGGGAGAGCUUGCUAAAGUUCCCUGCAUUGGUCAACAACUUACUGGUGGUAAUCACAUUCUCAUCGAUCGCGAAGACCGCCGAUCCCAACUGAAAACGUUCAAGGAAGGAAUCAAAUGGCUGAAGAAGGGUGUCCCGCUCAUGGCUUUCCCUGAAGGACAACGUUCCCAAGAUGGGCACCUCAUGGAUUUUAAGGGUGGCCUCUUCCUCAUGGCAGCCAAGACUAAUGUUCCCAUUGUUCCAAUCACCUUGUCUCACACCCAUGCUAUCAUGCCCUCAAAUGCUCUAUUUCCUUUCCAAGCUGGAGCUGGCAAGCUGCAUGUUCAUGUGCAUGAUCCAAUUGAUGCAAAGGGCAAGACGGAGGACGAGUUAUCAGCUGCCGUGCGAGAGGCCUUUAUAAAGACUCUUCCAUUGGAACAACAGCCACUGGAGACUCUCGUAUUGGAAGAGCGCGUGGAGGAGGCCGAGGUUGAGGUGGAAAAGAAGCCAGCUGAAGAAAAGGUUGCAGCUUAG